UCGUCGACACUGACACCGAUGCACCUUCGGAAGGCCAAGCUCAUGUUCUUUUGGGUUCGGUACCCCAGCUCGGCCGUCCUCAAGAUGUACUUUCCGGACAUAAAGUUCAACAAGAACAACACCGCUCAGCUAGUCAAGUGGUUCUCCAACUUCCGGGAGUUCUACUACAUUCAAAUGGAGAAGUAUGCCCGUCAGGCGGUGAGCGAGGGCGUGAAGAACGCUGAAGACAUCCACGUGAGUGCCGAUUCGGAGAUCUACCGCGUGCUCAACCUGCACUACAACAGGAACAACCACAUAGAGGUGCCCCCUAACUUUCGGUUCGUGGUGGAGCAGACCCUCCGCGAGUUCUUCAAAGCCAUCCAAAGCGGCAAGGACACGGAGCAGUCGUGGAAGAAGUCCAUCUAUAAAAUCAUCUCCCGCCUGGACGACCCCGUGCCAGAGUACUUCAAGUCGCCCAACUUCCUGGAGCAGCUGGAGUGAAGGGGGCUUCGCAGGGCGCGCCCGCGUCCAGCUUCCCAGUGAACCUCGACUUCGACGCCAAUAUCUUCACGCACGUCAAGAUCCCAACGACCCGGACGACGACAUAACAUCACAACACGAGAAUGCUUGCGUCUCCUUACGUUCCGUCUUUCUUGCGUUGUUUGUUGUUUCUCUACCGUUCGCUACCGCUCUCGUUUCCUCGGCUGCUUGCCGCCCGCUGCCUCAACGACCCUGAGAGCGAGGCGCGGGAGGUCACCCGAACAAGAGAACAGCAUCUGUAAACUGUUUCGUUGCGGCCCUCGGCAAGGCAGGCGCCGCUAUCGCACCGUGAGAAGAGGGCGCCGACGGGGCGGCGAAGAUGCCCCCGUGCCCACGCCGGAGAGGGGGCGCGAGAGGCGGCGGGGCACCCCGAGCCGGGCCAGUCCCGAGU